AUGGUAGGUAUACGUGGCAGUUUUCGGACUCGCCACAGUAUGGAGAGGUUUUUGCUGUUGUUGAUGUUUGGAGGGGUUUUUGCGUGUUAUGAUAAUGCUGCAUCGUCGAUGCCAACACCAGCUCAGGCAGCAUCGUCUGUGCAGGCUGCAUCGUCGAUGCCAACACCAGCUCCAACUGUAGUACCUGUUCAUGCCACUACCUCUGAGAAAUUCAGUUUUAUGCCUACUCCAACUUUAAGCCAUCAAACAAUGGCUGGCCCUCAAAGUAUAAACCUUCAAACAAUGGCUAGCCCUUCAAAUUUGGCAGAGGAGGAAGAUGUGGAUGCUGAUGAGGAUGAGGCGGUGGGUCAAGAAACUAUUACCCCUCUUGUGCCAACAAUAGAUGAGAAUGGGAAAGUUAUUAUAAAACCAUCUGGUACUGGGCUAGUUCCUGCCAAAGAAGUUGCUGGUGCCAUUAAUUAUGCGAUACGCAAAUAA